AGUGCAUGAAGUAUGCUCAGUGUGCCAGCAAGAGCUGAUAAGCAGCAGCAGGGCAGGGUGCCUCGUGAGCCAGCAGAGCCAGGGCUUCCCGGCUGCCAGGCUACGGAACGCGCCUCGCCACUCCUGAGACAUGGACAACGUCGUUGACGGACUGGACAAAGCUUCUAUAGCAAACUCAGAUGGCCCCCCUGCAGGCUCCCAGACACCUCCCUUCAAAAGAAAGGGGAAACUGUCCACCAUCGGUAAAAUCUUUAAGCCUUGGAAAUGGAGGAAAAAGAAGACCAGUGACAAAUUUAGAGAAACCUCAGCAGUAUUAGAAAGGAAGAUAUCUACACGACAAAGUAGAGAGGAGCUGAUAAGAAGGGGAGUUCUUAAGGAAUUGCCUGAUCAAGAUGGAGAUGUAACAGUUAACUUUGAAAAUUCAAACGGGCACAUGAUACCCAUCGGAGAGGAAUCUACCCGAGAGGAAAAUGUAGUAAAGUCUGAAGAAGGUAAUGGCUCUGUAUCUGAAAAAACACCACCUCUGGAGGAAAAGGCAGAAGAUCAGAAAGCUGGUUCCUCUCAUUCAAAAAAACCAACUGGCUCCAAAGCAUCAGCCUCCCCGUCUACUUCAUCCACCUCAUCUCGUCCCAAAGCUUCAAAGGAGACAGUUUCUAGCAAAAUGGGGACAGCGGGGACCACAAAGGGCAAGAAAAAAGCUGGCAAGCAGCCAACAACUUCUCGCCUGUCCUCGGACACAACCACUUCUGGCACACCCGACCUUAAAGGAGAGCCUUCGGAGACCAGAGUGGAGAGUCUCAAACCUGAGCAGACUGUCCCUGGGGCUGAGGAGCAGAACACAGGCAAAUCCAAGUGUGUAGUCCCUCCACCCCCUGUGGCUCCACCACCUUCUCCCCCCACCCCUCCUCGCCCUCUUGAGGAUCAGUGCAUUAUCGCCUCAGACACUCCAGUUGUCCUGGUCAGCAUUGGAGCUGACCCACCCGUCUCUGCCUUAGACCCAAGUCAGCUUCUUUGGACUGAAGAGCCUACGAACAGAACCACUGUCCCCUCAGGCAAUGGCUUAAGUGUUAGCAGAGAAAACGCAAAAUGUUUCACAACCAAAGACGAGCUGGGGAAGGCAGCACCUGGGCUACUGACUCCUGGACUGAUGGGAGAAUCUUCAGAAUCCUUCAGUGCCUCAGAAGAUGAAGGCCCCAGGGAAUACCAGGCCAAUGACUCUGACUCAGAUGGGCCUAUCUUGUACACCGACGAUGAUGAGGAUGAGGAUGAAGAUGAGGAUGGCAGUGGAGAAAGUGCUUUGGCAAGUAAAAUACGACGAAGGGAUACUCUUGCUAUCAAACUUGGCAACAGACCAUCGAAGAAAGAACUAGAGGACAAAAACAUCCUGCAGCGUACAUCUGAAGAAGAGAGGCAGGAAAUCCGACAGCAAAUUGGAACCAAGUUAGUCAGGAGACUGAGCCAGAGGCCCACAACUGAAGAAUUAGAGCAAAGAAAUAUACUAAAACAAAAGAAUGAAGAAGAGGAACAAGAAGCAAAAAUGGAACUUAAACGCAGACUCAGCAGAAAGCUCAGUCUGAGACCCACAGUGGCAGAGCUACAAGCUCGAAGGAUCCUGCGUUUUAAUGAGUAUGUAGAAGUCACUGAUUCUCCUGACUAUGACCGCCGGGCAGACAAGCCCUGGGCCAGGUUAACACCUGCAGACAAGGCAGCAAUAAGGAAAGAACUCAAUGAAUUUAAAAGCACAGAAAUGGAAGUUCAUGAAGAGAGUCGACAGUUUACAAGGUUUCAUCGUCCAUAAUGAAGUGUGAGAGUAUUUGAAAACCGAGACUGAGCAUCUUUGGGGAAGCCCUGCUUCCUGAAAACCUGAUAUUGCACUGGGAUUUGAAUGUGUGCAUUUCCGUUUAACUUGUGGUGAAGGAAGUGUGUAACUUCGCUUGGUUAGGACGUGCUCCUCACUUGUGCAGCCUAGAUGGGGCCAACAAGCAAAGGGAAGGAUGCAGUGAUGCUUCCUGCCCAGAAUGUGCACUGAUGGUAAGGGGCACAGUGGUUACAUCAGUUAUUCUUCAUCAGGAGUUUUAAUCAAGGAAGAGCAGAAGACAAUUACUGGCUCCCUAUUACCAGAAAGCCAAAUUUUAUAAUGCAGGUUAAAGAAAAAUAGAGAUUGCUGGAAUUACUGGGCACUGGAAAGGGAUGGGAGUUGAAAAUCAGAAAGAAAGAUGAAUAUUUCAUUAUGUUAAUGAAGAAAGGAGAAAAUUGAAGCAUAAAUGUAUUUUUGAAGUAGGCUUUUGGUAGUUGAAAACUUAAGGGAUUUAGGACUCUGAUCACCCAAUGUGGAUUCCUUAAAGACUUGAUCCUAGGAGAAUAUUCUUGUUUCACCAUUAUGUUGGUACAGUAUAGUACUAUUACUUUAUGUUGUGCCAGUGAGUCCAAUUGCCAGAAAUAAGUCUGAAUGUGUUUUCAUGCAUCUUUUUCUUAAACGCAAGAGGCUUCUCUUAACAAGCAUGCUCACCCAAAUUUUGUUGCAUGCUUUAACUACCAUAGCUAUACGCACUUGGCAUUUUUAAAAUACUCCUUUCCUAGUGUUUCAACCUUUCACAAAGAUAACAAGAUUGGGAAUUAAGUUAGAUGUAAUGUGACCCUAUAAAACUGUAGCAAGCUUCAGAAAUAAUUAUUUCGAUCUUUCCCUAUCUUGGUUAUCUCCAAAGUCAGAGCAACCAAACUUGAUCUAAAAGAGAUAGUAUCGGGGGCCAGGCACGGUGGCUCAAGCCUGCAAUCCCAGCACUUUGGGAGGC